UCAAACCAGCCCACAUCCAGUCGGCCCUGCUGUCGUGGACUCCCUGUUAGACCAACAGUCGUUUCCGUUCUGUUCCUGCAAAACAAAUGUGGACGACCGAGACUACCGGCUCGAACUCGGUUCAGUGACUUUCAGUCAUCAAAUGUCGGAAACGCAUGUGUUGGAGAUGAAGAAAACAGUUCCAAUUUAUUAACUUUCCGUCACUUUCCUUCCAUCCAAGCACUUUUUCUCUUCUGGGAUCAUCAGAGCUUUACCUUCCAUGGCGCCUCCGAAGAAAUCGAAGAAAAGCAAGAAAGACAGGAAAUUGAGGAAAAGCAAGAGCGUGGUUCCGGUGGAGGCGAAAGCAGUUGAUUCUGAUUGGUGGGAUAGUUUCUGGCAGAAGAAUUCUUCAACCCCAGCAGGUUCUUCAGUAUCCAAUGAUGAGGAGGAAGGAUUUAAGUUUUUCUUUAGGGUUUCGAAAAAGACUUUCGACUACAUAUGUUCACUUGUAAGAGAAGACCUUGUGUCGAGGCCGCCAUCAGGACUCAUCAACAUAGAAGGCAGGCUUCUCAGUGUUGAGAAACAGGUUGCUAUUGCCAUGAGAAGGUUGGCAUCCGGGGAGUCUCAAGUCUCAGUGGGAGCUGCCUUUGGGGUUGGCCAGUCCACAGUUUCUCAGGUCACUUGGAGAUUCAUUGAAGCAUUGGAAGAGCGCGCGAAGCACCACCUCAAGUGGCCCGAUUUGAAUAGAAUAGAAGAGAUUAAGUCUGAAUUUGAAGCAUCCUUUGGAUUGCCGAAUUGCUGUGGAGCCAUAGAUGGUACACACAUCAUUAUGACCCUUCCAACUGUUCAAACAUCAGACGAUUGGUGUGAUCCGGAGGAGAACUACAGCAUGCUCUUGCAGGGAAUUGUCGACCACGAGAUGAGAUUUCUCGACAUUGUGACUGGUUGGCCCGGGGGCAUGACUGUGUCUAGACUGUUAAAGUGUUCGGGGUUUUACAAGCUCUGUGAAGGCGGACAGCGUUUGAAUGGAAAUGCUAGAAGUUUAUCCGGAGGAGUAGAGAUUAGAGAAUACUUAGUUGGUGGGGUUGGCUAUCCUUUGCUUCCCUGGCUCAUAACUCCUUUUGAAAGCAAUGCCGGCACAGCUUCCAUUUCUUCUUUUAAUGCCACACAUGAGGCUGCAAGGUCGCUUGCAGUAAGGGCAUUCUCGCAGUUGAAGGGCACUUGGAGAAUCCUCAGCAAGGUUAUGUGGAGACCUGACAAGCGAAAACUUCCAAGCAUUAUCUUGGUAUGUUGUUUGCUUCACAAUAUAAUCGUCGACAGUGGAGAUAUAUUGGACCCAGAUGUUGCUUUAUCUGGUCAUCAUGACUCAGGAUACGGAGAACAAUGCUGCAAGCAAGUUGAUCCAUUGGGGAGGACCAUGAGGGAUAACUUAAUCAAAAACUGGGAGCGUGGCAAGCAGACCGGUGCACCAAAGUGAAUUUUGUUCUGCGGCUCUGCUCAUCUGGUUUAGACGAGUUGAAAGCUCGGAGCCUCCUUGCACAGGGCGCCCUACAGAUACUGUUUGAGGAGACGUUGAAGCUUGUAAAGCUUGAAGAAUCUGUACGCAUUUUGCCUUGUCUUCAGUGCAAUUGGUUUUUGGCAAAUGUCAAGGAAAAACUGUUUAUGCUGUCA